AUGAGAAUAUUUUCGGCUCAAUUAUUUAAGUUAUACGCUUUAUUUUUAGUUGCAAUUGCAACCGUAGCUUUAGGUGUUCCUCUAGUUCGUCGAAAAGGUAGUCAUGGAAGUCUUAUAUGUUCUGAACAAAAUGCCUUAACCAAGCGAGCAGACAUACCAUUUGAAGAGCGAUGUCCUGAAGAAUACUCUUUAUACAUAGCUUCCCUUUGUUCCAUAGAUGCACCAAACCUAAUGUUGAUAAAUUGUGCAAGAGAGGAUGAGCCAGACGUCAUUUUUGACACUGACUAUACUUGUGAAGAUGAUGAAAUUUGUAUAGAUCGUACUGAAUUUCCAGAGACCCCACAUGCUUUUUGUAUUAAAAAAAAAUGUGGUCUUCCAUUCGAUAAUUUUGUCCGUCCUGAUCUCGAUGCCUGUGGAUCACAUAGUUACAGUGUUUCUGGACCAGUGAAUUUAGUAGUUGCAAUGAUGACAUAUUCAACAGAAAUGAACCCAAUACAAGUAAAUUAUCAGAAUGUAAAAUAUAAAGGUGAUCUCGCUUUUGUUAAUCAGGUGAACAAUUUCACUAGAGUUAUUAAUGGUUAUAAUGGGGAAAAUAUCGAUUUCUGUUUUAAUGGAGGCACCACGCAGAAAGUACAAGCUUUCGCUGCUGCUUGGAUAACUGACUGA